CUCUUCUCUCGUUUUCCCGUACCUGACAUUAUACAUUGGGAAGUUUUGGAUAUGCACGAUGAAGUCCUGGCCAAGAAUAAUCUCUUAUCAUGCAAAAAUAUUGAGAGAUAUAAUGUUUGACCUUGAGUACUUGAAAAUUAACUACUUUAUUAGCUUUCCAAUAGGAUAUCUACAGCUGGCUUACAGCUUUGUGUUAGCCCAAGAUAGCAGCACUGAUGUUUUACAGAGAGAAACUAGUGGCUGAGGUCCCAAUGACAGACCUUCAUGUUUCUCUCCAGGUUGGUUCCAAUGUCAGUUAGACAACUGAAUUCAGAAGAGGAUACAGUAACUCCUACACCACUAAAUAAUUUUAUUGUAUAGAAAAACCAGCAUAUAUGAUAGCUAUUAAUCUUACAAAGUAUUACUAACAUAGUAAUGGUGUUACUAUUGCUGGUAUUACCUAACACGGUGAUUCCUAAUGUAGACUUACUAUAUGCAACUAUAGAAAGCCCAUGUUUGUAUGCAUGUAAGAUGGGCACCAAUUCAAGAUCUGUUUGACCCCUGCAUAGUUCUGACGAAGAACUCAUUCUAACCACUGCAGCUCUCCAUGCUGAUAAAUCUGUUCUACUAUACUGCUGGCAAGUGUUUGUACGUGUAUAAAAUCUAAGCAGGCACACACAACGGAGCUUACAAGAGACCACAGAAGACUACUAUCUGGAAAAGGAGUUAAAUACACUUCUUGGCUCAAAAGUAAUUGCUCAUUUAGAGCCAGGGAAGAAUGAUUUUGGCAAGCAGUUUGCUCUGGCUUUCCAGCCCAUCUCUUGCUAAUAAAUCAUUGCAAUCAGAGCAAAGAAGUAAGCAAUCUUCUUUCUGUUCUCAAAGCAUAUUAGAGAAAUACUAGUUGAAAGUAACAACAGGCAUCAGUGGGAAAACAUGAGAUCUUUUAAAUUUAGCAUAACUGUGGUCAUUCUCUUUCUUUUUUCUUUCCUUAGACAGUAAGAAAUGGGUGACUGGAGUUUCUUGGGGAACAUUUUAGAGCAGGUGAACGAGCAGUCCACUGUCAUCGGGAGAGUUUGGCUCACGGUGCUCUUCAUUUUCCGCAUCCUGAUCCUGGGAACAGCUGCUGAACUAGUAUGGGGAGAUGAACAGUCAGACUUUGUGUGCAACACCCAGCAACCUGGUUGUGAGAACGUCUGCUAUGAUGAGGCCUUCCCCAUCUCCCACAUCCGGCUCUGGGUCCUACAGAUCAUUUUUGUAUCCACGCCUUCGCUAGUGUACUUUGGGCAUGCGGUGCACCACGUCCGCAUGGAGGAGAAGAGGAAAGAGAGGGAGGAAGCUGAGAGGCGUCAGCAAACUGAGGUGGAUGAAGAGAAGCUGCCCCUAGCUCCAAAUCAAAACAAGGGCAACAACCCAGAUGGGACCAAGAAGUUUCGCCUGGAGGGGACCCUCCUGAGAACCUACAUCCUCCACAUCAUUUUCAAAACUCUCUUUGAAGUGGGAUUCAUUGUUGGCCAGUAUUUCCUGUAUGGCUUCCGUAUUCUCCCCCUUUACCGCUGUGGGCGGUGGCCCUGUCCCAACCUAGUGGACUGUUUUGUCUCCAGGCCCACAGAGAAGACCAUCUUUAUUAUGUUCAUGCUUGUGGUGGCUGCUGUGUCCCUCUUCCUCAACCUGGUGGAGAUCAGUCACUUGAUCCUGAAAAGGAUCCGGAGGGCUCUGAGAAGACCAGCAGAGGAGCAGAUGGGGGAGGUGCCAGAGAAGCCCCUCCAUGCUAUUGCAGUGUCCUCCAUCCCGAAGGCCAAAGGCUACAAGCUGCUAGAAGAAGAAAAGCCAGUGUCCCACUAUUUCCCUCUCACGGAAGUAGGGGUUGAGCCCAGUCCCCUUCCAUCAGCCUUCAAUGAGUUUGAGGAGAAGAUUGGGAUGGGGCCACUGGAAGAUCUCUCCAGGGCAUUUGAUGAGAGGUUACCAUCGUAUGCACAAGCGAAGGAACCGGAAGAGGAGAAGGUAAAAGCAGAGGAGGAAGAGGAACAAGAAGAGGAGCAGCAAGCACCUCAGGAAGAGCCAGGGGUGAAGAAAGCAGAGGAGGAGGUGGUGAGCGAUGAAGUGGAAGGGCCUUCAGCACCUGCUGAACUUGCCACCGAUGUGAGAUCCCUCAGCAGGCUAAGUAAAGCCAGCAGCCGGGCCAGGUCAGACGAUCUGACUGUAUGAGGAUGCAGGAUAUGAGGAGCAUAUGAAAAGGAAAAGAGGAAAAGGAAAAGGAGAGAGAAAGAAUCAGAAGAAUUUUAAGCAAAGUGCUAAAAUGAUCAUUUAAAUAUUAUUUCAUCUUGAGAUUCUCAACUGGAAAGGUACUAUUGUGGUAACUGUGCCUUAUUUGCCCUGUAUGUCCAUUUGAAAAGGAACAUUUCCCGUUUCCACAUGCCAGCUCAUUUCUUACGGUAAUAUCUACAUUGUCCACAUAACUGAUGUGUUUUAAAACCUAACGUGGCAGUGAAACCCAAAUGUCACCACUGUGAAUGUACUUACUGGGAGCUUUGUGUUCCACCUUUCUUUAGGAACGUGGGGAUGAUCUGUCUCAUGAGCCAUCUAAGGGGAAGGAUAAUAAACAACCGUAUCUAGUACUUCUUUUCCUGUUUUCACCUAUGGCAUGCUGAGCAGAUCUCCCCUUCACUGUUGGCAUGGAUUUGCAAUUAUUUAAUUCACAAACUGAAUUCUGUGUUUAGCAUUGCCACACUAAAACAGUAAGCACUAUUUCCCCCUCUUUAUUGAGAAAGCAAAGACCAAAAAUAUCUAUGAUUUCUUUGUGAAUGUAAAUUUGAGUUAGGUAAAAAUAUUUUAUUUUCCCUUUGUCAAAAAUAUUUUUGCUCUUUAAGUGAUAUUGACAGUGGGAAAUGCUAACUCUAGUUCUCUUCCAGGACUUAGCAGAUGCUCACAGAUGGAUUAUUUGUUCCCAAGAGAGUUAUCCAGCUCCAAGCUGAGCACUUCAGAGCACUGGGAAGAAAAAAAUCAAGUGAUAUUUUUUACUUAUAAUCCUGUGACUUAAAGAUCUGAAACUCAAUUUAGCAAAGCAAGUGUGGAAGGGUUGCUGUGAAAGAAGGAACAGCUACAGUUCCCAGAGCAUGAAACCAAAUACAAGCCUUCACAGCAUGAUCCUGACAUGUGCUCAGUUCCUGGAGCCCCAAGACUUACAGGCACUCAGCAAAUCUCAGGUACAGCACCCCGAAGGCACCUGUGAAUCUAAACCACAGGUAACUAUGUGACUCUGAAGCAAAACUGGUUGUUCAAGUUUGAAAAGUCUGAUAUGAUAAUUCUGACAUCCUUUGUUUUUAAUUUGACAGACGGGAGCCAUCCAGUGGCCUACUUCGCUAUUAAAUGCCAAAGUCUCAAAUGAAACAAGGCCUUUCAAAAGAUCUUUUUAGAGUAGGAGAGAAAGGUAGCAUCUUAGCUUAUAUCUUUUAGAUCUUUUAUACCAACAGGUCUGUGCAGAACUCUCAGAGCCUCAGUAAAUCUUUUUAGUUACAAAAGGCAAAAAAGCGUGCUUGUUUAAAUGUCUGUGGAUUUCUAUCUUCAGGACUGCAGCAGCACCUUUGGGCUGGGACAGUGCAGCUAUGCAUUUAAAGCUUCAGGUUAACGGCUAGGCUAUGUCCUCUCUAAAACUGAGCCUCACGCCAGAAAAAUGCAGGUAUGCACUCUCAUCUGCUCUGCUCUGCAAACCUCAGACCCUGCCAGCUCAGCGAAUUCUUUCUGCUGGGCUGCAGCCCGUUCCAUUGUUCCCAGGGCAGGCUCUAAUCCAGAUCAGGAAAAAAAGCAGUCUCUGGCAUAAUGCAUAUAACUCAUCCUGCCAUUAGCUAGAAAAGACCCCCUGCCAUCUCCUAUUGUAGCAGGGCUGACCCAAAGCCCAUUGAAGUUAGCUGGGUGCCUGAGAUAGAUGUCCUAGGCUUGGGCUCAUACCCUCAGUCCGGUCAUCCUACACCCCAGCCCAGGCAACCACAGGUACACUCAGCUCUGUCACUGAUUAACCUGCUUGGUGGACUUCAUGUGCCUUGUUUUGCAGCCUCCGUCUGGCACAAAGUUGGCUGCGCUUCACUGAUGCGUGAAGUAAGCUGUACAUAUGUAUAAAGUUUGUAAGGUGUGUUGGGAUUCUUCAGCACCACAGCGGUGCCACGUAUUUUUUUUUUACACUAUUAAUCCUUUUGCUCCUCUUGGGCCUGUGUAUUUUCCCAUGGUUUGCAGCCUGUUGACAUAAUCUUUGCUCCCUUGACAAAGGCUGUUAGGAUUUUAAGAAACAAUUCCUUGUGAAGGAAGACUGGAAGGUACCUCCGCAGUUUUGAGAAGGAAUAUGACAAAGCAAGAUACGUGAAGGAAAAUGUGGAGGGAGAAUUUGGAGGCUACCAUCUACCCGUUCUCUCAAUACAGAAUCAGGAGAAGAGUUAGCGCCAAUGAAAGGCAGGUGGCAAAAGAAAAACGAGGAAAGAAGUCUUCGACAGGAAAAGAUUCCAUUGUGCCCAAUACUCUAGCAGAAUCCAAGAAAGAGCAAAGAUUUAGAUGAGUAACAAACCCAGCACAUUUAUACUAUAUGGGACGUAUUACUUUUUUCCUUCACAGAGAAGAUAUAAUAGUUUUAAUAGUUUGAAACAUAGCAGAGUUCACUCGAACUGGAAAAACCCUUCCCUGCAAGUGAAAAAAAAGAUCUGUAACUGUUCAGUGUGAGCUAUCUUCCACCUUAUGGAGAGCAUCUGACCCUUCCACAAACCAGUGUACUGGACUAGAUGAACCACCUCCCAUCCUUGUUUACUACUCAUUACAUGACAAGUCCUUUUACAGAGCAUUUUGAUGACCAUCCCUGCUCCUGACCUCUGACAUGCACACCUUCAUUAGGUCACUGGACUACUUAAAGAUGACUGCUCAUUAAUUAGAUGCGUAUGGUUCAUAAUAUGAAUGUCAGACAAUCCAGUCUUCAACUGUAAGAUGUUGAGUACGUCAUUCUUUUUCACUGGAGUGCCUCCGUAGAGUACAGUACGUGCAACAUCCUGAACAGACACUCUGUUGUUCUUUCACUGCUGCUGCAGGAAAGCUCAUUUCUUCUUCCAGCUCAUGACAGUGCAAUGAAUUAAGUUAAUGUUUUCCUCCUGCAUCCUGUCAACCGCUUGUUGAUUUUUUUUUUCAAGCCUGUUUUCAAGUACCCUGCCAAGCUGCUAAAGCCUCCAAGGAUGAGCCAUGGCAUCAAGGCGCUUUUCAGCUAACUGGGCAGGGAACUAACAGUCAGGUUGUAUGGUAUUCAGCCUUAUCUCUGCAGUGAAGUCACUGUUGGGACUGUCAGCGAGUCAUUCUUCCCUCUUGUACAAUUGGGAAUCAUUUCCUACCUCACAAAGACGAUGUGAGGCUCAAUAUAUUUUGUUAGUAAUAGGAUGGGAGGUCUUGGGAAGGAAGGCCCUACAGAUGAGCAAAGGAUUAUUUCUGGAUGCCUUUAAAUGUGUUUUAUUCCCCCCCUCAGUGAGACAAAUUUAAUUGUUUGUUCAGGAAGUUCCUAGUGAAGUUACAUAACAGCCUCAGAGCUGUGGAUUCGGUGUAUUUAAAAAAAAAGAAAAAGAAAAAGAAAGUAAAACAUAUAUAUAAAUAAAUAUAAAGAACAAGGCAAAUUAUCUUGGGAAGUUAACAAGGGAAUUAUCUUGGACAAUUAGAGCCAUGGUUGGAUCAUUUUAGGGUGUGUUGUAUUCCCUUGGCUCCCUGUGCAAAUAAAUCAUUAACUGAUCACAUGGCUCUCUGCAAGGAGCUUAGGAUGCAAGUGUCAAAUUCACCAAAGGAGGUUAAAGUAGAAGAGAAAGGUAGUGUCUUAGCUGAUAUUAGCAUGUGGGAGUUGGUGUUCUCUAGUGUCUAGAGCAGUGGACCUAGGAUAAUGAUCUUAGAUUUAUUUCCAGCUCUGCUACUGACUUGCUGUGAUAAUCACUUUACCUCUUGGUACCUGUUUUUUUCCACCUGUAAAAUGGGUGUAAGAAUUUCCACCUACCUCACAGGGAUGUUGUGAGGCUUCCUUAAUUCUGUUUGUAAAGUAAGUAGGAAUGAUCUGAUGAAAAGCACUGCUGAAAUGCACUGUAUCCUUGUUAUUUCCUGCCAGAACAUCGAACUUGGUCAACAUAUGACUCCUUGACCAAAAGGGCAGUAGUGUGAAAAUCUGAACGCUGCAUUGCAUUGACACCAUUAACGCAGAUGGGGGUUUGCCACGAAUAGAGAAGACUUUAUUGAAUCCUCACCCCUUUUUCCUAUCUUAGCCUUGGUUUGGCCAUUUGAAGCCGUGUUGACUGUGGGGUUACCUGGACCACUCUUGUCCAUCCCAGCAUCUGUUCUGUGGUAACACUUAUGCUUAAAUAAGCUAGUUCUUGGAGGGGGGUGCAGGUUGUUGGAGCUCCUUUAAAGCAAUUGGCUUUGCGAGGCAUCUGGGGGAGGGCUGUAUAGUGCACAGUAUUGCGGGGUUUCUGUUUUAUCCCUCGAUGCAAACUCCAAAUGAAUUUUUCAGAACUUCUGUGGAAAAAAACUCUAUGGGAGAGCUGACAAUUGCUUAUGGUACAUAGGAAAAACAACAACAACAAAAACAAAAACAAACAAACAAAAAAAACGAGCAUGUGGAUGUAAAAACAAAUUCUCAUGCUACACUGAUUAUUUCCAGUAAGUGAGACAGAUCCAACAGUCUCUUUGUGAUGAAAAAAAGUGAUGUAAAGAUUCCUUCUCCUGUAGGACAGGAGAGAUUUGAGAGGACCUCUGCUCUCCAGGUCAGUGUGAACAUGGAAUCUACUUGCUAAGGGAAGAAAGUCCAGCCUCUCCUGUCAGUCAGUAACUCACUGACUCUGCAUUUUUUCAUUUAAAGAGCAGCCAUGGUACAUGAUGAAAAAAAGUGGCAGCUUGCUGUUUUGUAUAGAAAAUGGCUUUUCAAGUUGACAACUGAGAGUAAUCCCAGCCUAGGCAUAGUUUUGUUUAGUAGACAAGAGCAUCCAUGAGAACUAGACUAAAGCCUUCCUAUAAGCCUAAGGCUGUUGUGAUAAAAUGGCAUACGGUUCCAGAUUUCCUGAGGGCCAGGGGUGCAGAAACAUAUCAAAAUCAGGGGAGUUGUUCAAGUAUUUGAACUCCCCCCCCCUCCAGCCCCCCAAAAAAAUAAAAAUGGUACUACCACUUCUUAGUCUCUGCAUGUGAUAGACUUUUUAACAUGGUUCAGGGAAGGAAUUUUGGCAACACCACUUCUGAUUUUAUAGCUGAGUAGCAACCAUGGCAAAUAAAUGCACAUUAAUUUGCCAAGACAUAGCCUGGCACACAGUUGUUUCCUUGUGACUAGCUUGGAAUACAACUAUUUCAGUAGAAGAGGCAAGACUUGUGUCCCUGUCAACAGUUCAAAUUUUCCCAAGAGCAGUUUGGCUUACAGACAUUUUGAAGCCUUGAGAGGAGAGAGCCAAGGCGACAGGGAGCCCUCACAGCUGUCUUCAGCUAAGUGGUGGGGAGCUACAGGGAAGAUGAAGCCAUACUAUCUACAGAGGUGCACAGCAAAGGACCAGAGGCAAUGAUCACAAGGAGCAGUAAGGAAAUUUUGACAAAAAAAAAAUCUGACAAGGUAAAAAUUGUUCAGAGAGUGAUUCAGCAGUGAAAGAAGUGCCCAGAGUCAUGGUAGGCAUUCCAUCCUUGGAGUUUGAAGCCUGACUGGGAAAGGCUCUGAGCACCUUGGCCUGACUUUGAAAUUGGCCUUGCAUUGAGCAUGAGGUUAGACCAGCUGGUCCAUUUCAGCCUCAACCAUGUAUCCCAUGGGAGGCUGAAAACUCAGUGACGCCUCUGUGUGGUGAAACAGCAGAUGUGGGUCAUUUUCUGCCUCUCUGGAGUACUCUGUUAGAGCUUAGUUUGUCUUAGCUGGCAACACCAACUCACCAGGCACUAUAACCGAGCCUGAUGCAUAUGACACCAUCAACCAAUGUUUGGUACCUAGAAAAGCUGCUCGGGGCCAGAAACAUGUUGUGUAACUAGUUUGGAAAGAACACUAUAAAUUAAAAUUUAUGAGUAAGCUUGUUAGCUGAGAAAAUCACAGAAAUAAAAGGGAUUUAGGUAUUUCCAGCUCCCUCUCAGUCUCAGCUGUGACUUUAAAUCCAUCUGAAAAUGUAGAGGACUGCAUUUUAAAGUUCUGUCAACAACAGCAACAACAAACAACAACUGUGCUUUAAAGCUUGCUGAUCUGGGAUGAAGCAGAAGUGAGUAGAAAUGGUGAUUACAGAGCUUCUGACAACAUUAAAAAACAACAACAAACAAACAAACAAACAAAAAACCCAAAUGCUGUUGGCCUUUGCCUUGCUGGAUCCAGCCUAGCACAGUAAAAGCAAAACAAACCAUUUAUUAUUUUUUUCUAGGAGUUAAGGCUAGAGUGCUUAGGGAAAUCACGGAGUAGCCUACCAAAAGUUUUAUAUGUCAGUGCAGAAAGAAUUUAUAGAGAAACAUUAAACAGAAAAGUUGGCUCCUAUUGAAUUUCUCUGAUGUUCAAUGGAGAGCUGGAUGGAAAGAUGAUCAGAACAAUGAAAUAUAGUUUCAUUGGUUUCAAUGAUCAACAAAUGAGCACAGAAAAAAAAAUUCUGGCCUACAGACAGCUACUGAGUAGAGUUCCUGCAGGAGGGCAGCUUGGUGCUCCAACUAAGGAGCAGCUGCGGACAAAGGCCAACACUGAGAAGCCUGUGAGCCUGCAAUCUGGGUGCCUCAUGGCAAGGGUAAGGCAAGCCAAUGUGAACAGUGAAUUAUACCUUGCCUAUUACCAAAUCUGAUAUUGAUGGAUUUUUAAGAAGGUCAUCAGCUUUAACGUCAUUUAGCUUUUAUGCACUGCAUCCUGGAUUUAUCUGACAGAACCAAAAAAUAGAGAUAUCAUGUACUAAGGUUUCCCCCCCCCCCCCCCCCCAAAUCAUUCAGCCAAGGUAUAUGAAAAACUACUGGGACAAAAAAAUGCUCAGGCACAUUUCUUAGUACAUACAUGUUAGUCCAAAGAAAAGGCAUAGACAACCCUGCAAAAGAGUUAAUCUACUGUCAGUGAGAAUCAAGACCCAGAACUCACCACAAAUAAAUUAAAAAUAAAUUCAGAAAUCUGAAUGAUGUCAGAUUGCUCCCAGCUUCAGAGCUCCUGCUUAUGAAAAACUCUGGGGAGAAAAGAAAUGAAAAUGGAUGGCCAACUGCCAGCUAAGCCUAUUAUUCACAAAUAUGCCUUGUAGCACCUUCUGGAAGCCUAUGCUAUCUCUAAAUAUAUUCUACCCCAACAAACUGUUUUAAUUCAGUGUGUUCCACCUUUCCACUUUUAAGGCUUUAAUCUAGUUCUCACUGUGAACUAACUGAACAUACAGUACCCACAUUCACACUGUAAGAUGUGCAAGAAUAGAAUAUGGAGCUGAGCAGAAACCUGCAAUGCACUGACCAGCCUCCUUUCCUCAUGUGCUGCCUCCUUUCUCCAGCCACUAUCAUCUAUGCUGUGUCUGGUGAAAUCACCCACCUGUCACAUCCAGGAAGCUGCCAUGGGCCCUUCUCCCCACACAAGCACACCAGUGUCUGCUUAAGGAGGAACAAUAUGGAAUAUUUUUCCGUUUUCUUAUUACACAUUUUAUCGUCCCUGAAUGAGAAGCCUUGGGGUGGGGGUGGAGGGGUAGAUCUGAGGUUUUCUGACAGGAAUCGUCUUCUUCCCUGUGUGUUUCUUGCAACAAUCAGGGAUCAGUAAUUUAUAGCUUAGCACAGGCAUGUUUCAAGCCUAUUUGUAAACACAUGCAGAGAAGAAAGUUUAAAAAGCUAUGACCAAACUCUGUCUUGUUUUGUCCCCCCCCUUGUUUUUGAAAUCAGCCAAGUCAUCAGGAUUAAACAAGACCAGAAUUUGUCUUUGAACAAUUUAAUCUUGACAGGAUUCCCAUCUAACUUCUGUCUCUGAAAAUCAACCAAGCAACCAACCUACCCUGCCCCAAGAGCUACUGCUGCAGAACAGAGCAACCGCAGGUACCCCAAACUCAGCAGGCUCAUCACUUUAGGAAAGAUCAGUUUCUAGCAGUAGGCGCAGAAAGAAUGAGCAGGGAGGGAAGCUCUGAUCUCAGCUCAGUGUUAAUUGGCAGCAAUACCAGAAGCUGUAAAAGAGGGCCUCAGAUCAGAAACAGUAAUUUGCUCCCUCAGUUCAUUUGCCCAUGAAAACUGAAUGGCUUUUUUUGUCUUUGCAAUGCUGUAGACAAGGAGACAGAUUUCAAAACAUGAUGACUGACAGCAAGAUAGAAAGCCAAACUAUCAAAGAGACUGUGGGACUAAUCCGAUGACUCAACACAACCACAUGUAGUAUCGUUUUUUCUAGUGAAAUGAGUUGUAAUGAAUAAAGGAUCCUGAUUUUCACUCA